CCACAUCGAGUUGCCAUGGCCAAUUUUCCAUUUCUCUUCUUGUGCUAAAUUUAUUGGGCCGCUGACGAUCUGAACUUCUGAAGCCUAAUAGUCAGCCAUUGCCAAAUCACGGGCCUCUCGAGUUGGCUCACUCAUGAAAUUUCAAAUUCCCGCCUUUCGAUUACCAGAAACCAGAACGGCGGUUUCGUUCCAUUUCUUUUCAAAAUUGAAAGGAAAUUCUAUCAAAAUCUUAGUCUACUUUCUUUUGGGUUCAACUCGCGUUUCGAUUUCCAUUUAGCUUUUCAGGGACUGCUUUUACGUUUAUUUACUCUGCUAUUUUACAACUCAUUUGAAAUUUCUAGGGUUUUCGAGUCUGUACUGUUCCCAUUUCCUAGUUAUAUUAUUGUAAUUUGUAGAGGAUGUAUAUCAAGGAGAUAUGCUUAGAGGGGUUCAAGUCUUAUGCGACGAGGACGGUUGUUCCUGGUUUUGAUCCCUUUUUCAAUGCUAUAACGGGGCUAAACGGGUCAGGCAAGUCGAAUAUCCUCGAUUCAAUUUGCUUCGUGCUGGGUAUAACCAAUUUGCAGCAGGUUCGUGCUUCGAAUCUUCAGGAGCUCGUCUACAAGCAAGGCCAAGCUGGAAUUACCAAGGCCACGGUGUCCAUUGUGUUUGAUAAUUCGGAUAGGAGCAGAAGCCCUCUUGGCUACGAGGACCACCCCGAGAUUACUGUAACCAGGCAGAUUGUGGUCGGUGGAAGGAACAAAUAUCUGAUCAAUGGAAAGCUUGCCCAGCCAAGUCAAGUCCAGAAUCUUUUUCACUCCGUUCAACUUAAUGUUAAUAAUCCACAUUUUCUCAUAAUGCAAGGUCGUAUCACCAAGGUCUUAAACAUGAAACCUCCAGAAAUAUUGUCCAUGCUUGAAGAGGCUGCUGGGACAAGAAUGUAUGAAACAAAGAAAGAGGCUGCAUUGAAAACGCUUGAGAAGAAGCAGACUAAGGUUGAUGAAAUAAACAAGCUUCUUGACCAUGAAAUAUUGCCUGCUUUAGAGAAGUUGAGGAAACAACGUACACAAUACAUGCAGUGGACUAAUGGCAACGCUGAACUUGAUCGACUUAAAAGGUUCUGCAUUGCUUGUGAAUUUGUUCAGGCAGAGAAAAUUAGAGACAAUGCAAUUGGUGAAGUGGAAAAGGUGAAGGAAAAAAUUACUGCAAUUGAUGAGAAUACAGAAAGAGCAAAGGCAGAAAUACAAGCAAUGGAGACAAAACUAUCAAAUUUGAUAGCUGAGAAGGAAGCCAGUAUGGGUGGAGACGUAAAAACCUUGACUGAGAAAGUAGAUUUGCUAUCUAAAAAUCUGGUGAGGGAAGUGUCGGUUCUGAAUAAUAAGGAGGACACUCUAAAGGGUGAAAAAGAGACUGCUGAAAAGAUUGUUCAUAAUAUUGAAGACUUGAAGCAAUCUGUAGAAGAGAGGGCCUCUGCUGUGAGAAGGUGUGAAGAUGGAGCAGCUGAUCUGAGAAGGAGAGUUGAGGAACUUUCUAAGAAUUUGGAAGACUGCGAAAAGGAAUACCAGGUCACUGCCGGUGGAAAGUUGUUUAAUGUUGUUGUUGAUACUGAAGAUACUGGAAAACAGCUCCUUAAAAAUGGUGAUCUUCGCAGAAGAGUGACAAUUAUACCUUUGAACAAAAUUCAGUCCCACCUUGUUCCCCCUCGAGUGCAGCAAACUGCUGUUAGAUUGGUUGGCAAGGAGAAUGCAGAAUUGGCACUCUCUUUGGUAGGCUACAGUGAAGAAUUGAAGAGUGCUAUGGAAUACAUCUUUGGUUCAACAUUUGUCUGCAAAACCAUUGAUGCUGCAAAAGAGGUUGCUUUUAAUCGGGAAACUCGCACCCCAACUGUCACUCUUGAAGGUGAUAUAUUUCAACCAAGUGGUCUGCUGACUGGUGGAAGCCGCAAGGGUGGUGGUGAAUUGUUAAGGCAACUUCAUAAAUUGGCAGAGGCUGGAAAAGAACUUGUAAUACAUCAGAAAAAGUUAUCUGAGAUUGAAGCAAAGAUCAAGGAGCUUCUGCCUCUUCAAAAGAAGUUCAUGGACCUUAAAGCACAGUUAGAACUUCAAAUGUAUGACCUCUCUUUAUUUGAAGGCAGAGCCGAACAGAAUGAGCAUCAUAAGCUUGCUGAAGCUGUGAAGAGGAUUGAACAAGAGCUGGAUGAAGCAAAGUCUUCACUCCUAGAAAAGCAACUUCUAUAUGAAAAGUGUGUUAGCUCUGUUUCCAUGCUUGAAAAAUCCAUAAAAGAUCAUGACAGUAAUCGAGAGGGCUGGCUGAAGGACUUAGAGAAAAAGGUUAAAGCUAUGAAAGAUAAAAUGCAGUCAGCUUCAAAGGAUCUAAAGAGGCAUGAAAACGAAAGGGAGAGACUUAUUAUGGAGCAGGAAGCAGUCAUGAAGGAGUGCACAUCUUUGGAAAGUCAGUUAGGUUUAUUGGGAGCACAGAUUAGCAAUCUCUCUUCAGAAGUAGAGGAGCAAAGGGCCAAUGUUGCUUCCACUCAGAAGGUUCUAGAUCAGGCCCAGUCUGAGCUCAAAUUAUUGCGCUUAAAGAUGAAGGAAUGUGAUUCUGAAAUUAGUUGCAUUCUCAAGGAACAGCAGACACUUCAGCAUAAGCUUGAUGAGACAAAGCUUGAGAGGAAGAAGUUGGAAAAUGAGGUAAAGCGAAUGGAGACAGAGCAGAAAGAUUGCUCACUAAAAGUAGAAAAAUUAAUCGAGAAACAUGCAUGGAUAACAUCUGAGAGGCAGCUUUUUGGAAAAAGUGGGACAGAUUAUGAUUUUACAUCCCGUGAUCCAAAAAAAGCAAAUGAAAAACUUGAGAGACUGCAAGCUGAACAGUCAGGGCUUGAGAAAAGAGUGAACAAGAAAGCUAUGGCCAUGUUUGAGAAAGCAGAGGAUGAGUACAAUGAUUUGAUGUCCAAGAAAAACAUUAUUGAGAAUGAUAAGUGCAAAAUCAAGAAGGUGAUUGAAGAGCUAGACGAAAAGAAAAAGGAAACUCUAAAAGUUACCUGGGUUAAAGUUAACAAUGACUUUGGAUCUAUCUUUUCUACCCUUUUACCUGGCACAAUGGCAAAGCUAGAACCUCCAGAAGGUGGCAGUUUCCUGGAUGGUCUUGAGGUUCGUGUCGCAUUUGGAAGUGUUUGGAAACAGUCUCUGUCUGAACUUAGUGGAGGGCAACGGUCUCUUCUCGCACUUUCUCUAAUUUUGGCACUUCUUCUAUUCAAGCCAGCUCCUCUUUAUAUACUUGAUGAGGUUGAUGCAGCUCUUGAUCUGAGUCACACACAGAAUAUAGGGAGAAUGAUUAAGACUCAUUUUCCACAUUCACAGUUUAUAGUGGUUUCACUAAAGGAAGGCAUGUUCAAUAAUGCCAAUGUUCUGUUCCGUACAAAAUUUGUGGAUGGUGUUUCUACUGUCCAGAGAACUGUUGCCCCCAAGUAGAACGAGUAACUGCUCUAUCUUGUCAGGUUGUGUUGGUUGUAAUUCGCUCAUGUACUUAACUGUGUCCUGGCUAAAUAUUUUGUAGAUAGCAUUUUGGUUAAUUCAAGGGUUAAUUUAUGGGCAUGAUUGUAAGAUGCCUUACUGUGAUUCUUAUGGUCGAACGGGUAAAAUGUAGAUGUAACAUAAAAGUUAUACAAAUUUUCAUGAUCCGCAAUCAUUCUGUUGCGAUCUUUCUACUUGACUCGGGUAGUGAUGGAGAGAUUUCAACUUAUUUCUUCCU